GCAUGAUGCUCGCCAGCCAGCCGUAUGGCUAGGCAACAGCAGCAACAGCACCAAUACAGUCAGUCAGUCAGUCAAUGCAACGCACGCACCUCAGGGCGGAGCGGGCAGUGAGUUGGUGGGUGGGUAUCUAGUACUGUACAUGAUAAAUACUGGGAUAGGACGAUGUGGACGACAGGUGCUGCCCACCCGACGAGGUAAUGCCCUGGGGUCCACCGCCAACGCCGCCACCGUUGCCACCUGACGGACCUUGGGUGGGCGCAUACUGAAGGAAUCAACACACACACACCCAACAACACAACAGAUGAAUAAAACACAUGUAUGUAUGAGCAUCAAACAAAAGAUGGAUGUCCAUUGUGGUGUGGUCCCGUGCCCUCUGCCCGUGUGUCUCCUCACCCUCACCCUUGAGCCAAAGGAUCCCCCCGAUGGCUGCGGGCCGCCGAACGCACCCCCGCCACCCCCGCCGCCGCCGUACCCCGAUGACGCGGGGUAGGUUGGCAUGCCCAUGCCCGACGCCUGCGCCCCCGCUGGCGGCAUCAGCAUCUUCUCCUCCUCGUAGCUCCGCUGCACCAGCAACAGGUGAGCCGUGUGCACGGCCGACAGAGGACCUGCACACACACACACACACACAGAGAGAGAGAGAGAGGGGCCAUCCAGACAACCAGUUCGUUCGUUUGGUAUGCGUGUUGAUGUUGAUGUGAUGGUUACUUACCGCUGACGGUGACCCUUCGCAUGGUGGUGGGGAGCCCAUCUGUCUUGGGGCUGACGUUGACCCUUGCACCCGACUGCUGCUGCACCUCAGUCAGCCCCCGCCCCUGCGACCGCAUCAGAUUCACCACCGUCGCGUCAGACAACUGAUCACGCACACACACAGUACAUCAACCAGAACCAGGCAGAGAGUAAUUGAUGUACAAGGUGCCGUGUAACCGCGCCUGUGACGUCUACUCACCUGCACAUCGACUGUGACGGGGUAGAGGAGGACAUCUGCCGGUGCAGUGUUGCCGAUGCUGCCGUAGGCCCCAGUGUAGGGCAGCGGUGGCUGGUACAUCUGCGCCUGACCCAUCCGGCCCGUGGGGGUCGGGCCGUAGUACGGGAACUGCCCAUAUCCCCCACCCAUACCGCUCACAUCGCCGUAGCCGUAGGCCGACGCACCGAAGGGUCCCUGUGCUGCUGAUGGGGGGUACAUGACGCUGCGGGCGCCGACCUGGGGUGUGGCGGUGAAUGUGGAUGCGCUGGGGGGGGUGGGAGGGGUGAAGGAGGGGAAUGAGGGCAUGGCGUAUGGGUAUCGCUGGUACUGUGUGAACUGGGGGUAGGAGACGCUCUGGUAGUAGGGGAGGUUGGGGUCCUGCUGGAUGGUGUUCGCCACCUUGCCGAUGGCCUUGUAGCACUGCUCAAAGGUGCCAGACAACGACACUAUCCUCUCCUGUGGGACCGGACCGAUCCACAUGACACACGACACACACAGAGGGGUCAGCGCCACAUGUCGUGGUGGUGGUUGGUCCGAUCAUGCAUCUCUUCUGGCUGGCUGGCUGGCUGGCAUGUUUGUUCUCACUCCCUCACCUGUAGUCCGAAUUCAUCUUCCUUUGCGGACACGUGUACCCGCGCGCCGCUCUCCUCCUGGAUGACCUUGACGUUCGUCCCACCCAUCCCUAUGAUGCUGCCCACGGACGACUUGGGCACCACACACCGAACCAUGAUCUGGUCAACAUGACAACCACAGACAACCAAUGAAUGCCGACCAGCAACACAUUCGCAUCGAUGUCAGUCAGGCUCGAGCAAUCGAGUAAAGGCCCUUCCCUUUGGUGCAUGGUUAGUUACCUUGACGGUUGCGUCAUCUGGUGGUGGUGCGGCGGCGGGCCCCGGGAGUGCCAUGUGUUGCGAUCUCGCCACCUGGACGGCCUCGUCGCGGAUCUUGUCGAGGACCGUCUCGAGCGCCUUGACGAUGUGCUCCAGCUGGCCGGUCAGAAACACCACUCGAUCCUCCGUGCCGGGGAAGAACUCACGACCCGCUGACAGCUUCAACCGGGCACCCGUCUCCUCCUGCAAAUGCGUGAUGACCGAACCUGCAGGUAACCACACACACAGCCACACAGGCACUGGAUGAGAGGCACUGACCCCUCUGUGUGUGUGUGCGUCGGUGUGCGGGCGGACUGACCACUUCUGCCGAUGAUGGAUCCGGCGACGACGUUGCUGACGAGUAGUUUGAAGUAGUGCGGCCCACCGUCGCCGACCGACCCCUCCCCCCGGUCCUCGGCCCUCGGCUCCCUCUCCCGACCCUCCCUCCUCGCACCACCCGCACCAGACUUCUCCUUGCCCUUGCCCAGUGUAGGCGUCGGCGCCCCCGUGCUGGCGGCCGUCGUCUCGCCCGCCGUGUGGGACACUGUGGUGGCGCUGCUGGCUGCGGGGGCCGCCGCUUUGGAUGCGGCGGCCUGGGGCUCUGGCUCGUGUGGGGGUCCUGCUUCCUCCCUCUCCAUGCCUAUGGGGUGAGUGGUGUGGUCGUCGAUGCCGUUGCGGGGGGCGGUGGUGGUGGCAGUGGCGGGGCUGGCGCCCUCUGAGGCAUCCUUGUGCUCGAGUUCCUUGUCACGGGUGUCUGUGGGCGAGGCUGCACCCUCCAUGUAGCCGCACAUAAAGGGGGACGAGGGACUUGCCUCGUGCUCCAGGGUGGUGGGGUCCUAGAUGGCUGGCUAGCCUCGAGGAAAGGGUGGUGGGGGACGGACGGACGGAUGCCAACCGAUAGAUACUCCUGCUGCAGCGACAGCCGAAUGGUGCGGUGCCCCGGCCAAUCAGUGGCCAAUCUGAACACACACACACCGACACAGAGCAAAAGGCAACAGAGGUCACAGAAGGUAUCCCCUGUCAGUCCCGGCUCGUUUGGUGGGACGAGCACUCAUGCCCGCCCCGCCACGCCAUGUCUCAGUCCCCGUGCAAGCCCUCCUCACCGGUACGAGAUGACCCCCCCGACAGACAGCCGUGCUGUUACGACGCACCCACGCACUGCUGAUCCUCCUGCCUCUCUCGCACACAGAGGCACGGGAAGGCGCACAAACACCUCACAAGCCGCCUCUUCUCGAGACUGUUCUGCUGUGUUUGCGCUUCCUCCUGACGAGCUUGCUGACCGGGCCGAACAGGGACUGCGCAACGACGAUGAACCGCCCUCUCCCGACCGCCACUGACUCGCAAGCAACACUCAGAUCGAACAACUGCCUCGGGAUGCUGCGGAUGGCUCCUCGCCUAAGCGGAUGGCUCCGCGCCUAAGCGGUCUUGCCUUUGCUCCUGCCUUACAGCCUUUGGACUGGCACGUUCCGUCGCGAUGGCGAAG